AUGUCUGCCUCAGUCCUUGAUUACACCACAGCCCUUGAGGUGCUGAAGGAGUACAAGCAGAAGGAUGGCCUCGACAUCCACGAGCUUAUGGACACGACCAAGCACGGUGGUCUUACCUACAAUGACUUCCUGCUUCUCCCCGGCUACAUUGGCUUCGCUGCCUCUGAGGUCACUCUUGAUGCGCCCAUCACCAAGCGCAUCACUCUCAAGACUCCCUUCGUCUCGUCUCCCAUGGACACUGUCACAGAGCACGAGAUGGCUAUCCACAUGGCUCUCCAGGGUGGUCUCGGUGUUAUUCACCACAACUGCUCUCCUGAGGCUCAGGCCGAUAUGGUCCGCAAGGUUAAGCGAUACGAAAACGGUUUCAUCCUUGACCCCAUCGUCAUUGAUCGCAACACCACUGUUGGUGAGGCCAAAGCUCUGAAGGAGAAGUGGGGUUUCGGUGGUUUCCCAGUUACUGCCGACGGCAAGCUUGGUUCCAAGCUGCUUGGUAUUGUUACCAACCGAGACCUCCAGUUCGAGGAGGACCUUGACCAGCCCGUUUCCAAUGUCAUGGUUACUGACCUUGUCACUGCUCCCGAGCACGUCACUCUCCUCGAAGCCAAUAAGAGUCUUUCCAAGUCCAAGAAGGGCAAGCUGCCUAUUGUCGACAAGGACUUCAACCUGGUCUCUAUGAUCUCUCGCUCCGAUCUGACCAAGAACCAGCACUUCCCCAAUGCCUCCAAGCUUCCCGACAGCAAGCAGCUCCUCUGCGCUGCUGCCAUUGGCACUCGCCCCGAGGACAAGCUUCGCCUCAAGAAGCUGGUUGACGCCGGCCUUGACAUCGUUAUCCUUGACAGCUCUCAGGGUAACAGCAUGUACCAGAUUGAGAUGAUCAAGUGGGUGAAGAGUGAGUUCCCUGGUGUCGAUGUCAUUGGCGGAAACGUCGUGACCCGAGAGCAGGCUGCUUCUCUGAUCGCCGCUGGUGUUGACGGUCUCCGAAUCGGUAUGGGCAGUGGUUCUGCCUGUAUCACCCAGGAGGUUAUGGCUGUCGGCCGUCCCCAGGCUGCUGCCGUCUACAGCGUCAGCCGCUUCGCUGCCCGCUUCGGUGUUCCUUGUAUUGCCGAUGGCGGUAUCCAGAACGUUGGCCACAUCGUUAAGGGUCUUGCUCUGGGUGCUUCUACCAUCAUGAUGGGUGGUCUCUUGGCUGGUACCACUGAGUCUCCCGGCACUUCUUUCGUCUCCCGUGAGGGUAAGCUUGUUAAGGCUUACCGAGGCAUGGGAAGUAUCGAUGCCAUGCAGGAUAAGAAGGCCGGCAACGGUGGCAAGGAUAGUCAGAAGAGCAAUGCUGGUACCGCCCGUUACUUCUCUGAGGGUGACAGCGUUCUGGUUGCUCAGGGUGUCUCUGGCGCUGUUGCUCACCGAGGUUCAAUCAACAAGUUUGUUCCCUACCUCGCUGCUGGCCUCAAGCACUCUCUCCAGGACAGUGGUAUGACCAGCCUUAAGACUAUGCACGAGAGUGCCGAGGCUGGUGAGUUGCGCUUCGAGCUCCGAACAGCCAGCGCCCAGUUGGAGGGCAACGUCAACAUGGAGUCUUAUGAGAAGAAGCUUUAUGCGUAA